UGGCGCGGUUGGGUGGAAGCGGCGCAACCGAGCCUCUUACAGCGCCGUUGUGGCACCGGCGUGGCACCGAGCUCGCAGAGAGCGUCCAGUUCUCCUGAACCCAGUUGUGUUACUUCGCAGAUGAAUCUUUUGGCCAUGGAAAGCAUGCCUCAGACUCCUCCCUUUUCUGCAAUGUUUGACAGCAGUGGUUACAACCGGAACCUCUAUCAGUCUACAGAGGACAGCUGUGGAGGGUUGUAUUACCAUGACAACAACCUUCUCUCCGGCUCUCUGGAAGCACUAAUCCAGCAUUUGGUACCUAAUGUGGAUUACUACCCAGAUAGAACAUACAUAUUUACCUUCCUCCUGAGUUCGCGGUUAUUUAUGCAUCCCUAUGAACUAAUGGGCAAAGUUUGCCACUUAUGUGUGGAACACCAGAGGCUCAGUGAUCCUGAUGGUGAUAAGAACCAGAUGAGAAAAAUUGCACCUAAAAUUCUCCAACUCUUGACAGAAUGGACCGAAACAUUUCCUUAUGACUUUCGGGAUGAAAGAAUGAUGAGAAACUUAAAAGACCUGGCUCACAGAAUAGCCAGUGGCGAGGAGACGUACCGGAAGAAUGUCCAGCAGAUGAUGCAGUGUCUCAUCCGGAAACUUGCUGCUCUCAGUCAGUAUGAGGAAGUCUUGGCAAAGAUCAGCUCCACCUCCACAGAUCGGCUCACAGUCCUCAAGACCAAGCCACAGUCCAUCCAGAGGGACAUCAUCACUGUCUGCAGUGACCCGUACACGCUGGCCCAGCAGCUGACUCACAUAGAGCUGGAGCGGCUCAAUUACAUUGGGCCAGAAGAGUUUGUUCAGGCAUUUGUGCAGAAGGAUCCUUUGGACAAUGAUAAGAGUUGCUUCAGUGAGCGGAAGAAAACACGAAACCUGGAAGCCUAUGUGGAAUGGUUCAAUCGUCUAAGCUACUUGGUGGCUACAGAAAUCUGCAUGCCUGUCAAGAAGAAACAUCGAGCACGGAUGAUCGAGUACUUCAUUGAUGUGGCUCGAGAGUGUUUUAACAUUGGCAACUUUAAUUCCCUGAUGGCAAUAAUCUCUGGCAUGAAUAUGAGCCCAGUCUCACGGCUAAAGAAGACGUGGGCCAAGGUGAAGACUGCAAAGUUCGACAUCCUGGAGCAUCAAAUGGACCCUUCCAGCAAUUUCUAUAAUUAUCGGACAGCGCUUCGUGGGGCAGCCCAAAGGUCUUUAACUGCUCAUAGUAGCAGAGAGAAGAUUGUGAUCCCGUUCUUCAGUCUCUUAAUCAAAGACAUUUAUUUCCUCAACGAGGGCUGUGCCAACCGCCUUCCAAAUGGCCAUGUCAAUUUUGAGAAAUUUUGGGAACUGGCCAAACAAGUGAGUGAAUUUAUGACCUGGAAGCAGGUGGAGUGUCCAUUUGAGAGGGACCGGAAGAUCCUGCAGUACCUGCUCACCGUGCCGGUCUUCAGUGAAGAUGCUCUCUACUUGGCUUCUUACGAGAGUGAAGGACCUGAAAACCACAUAGAGAAAGACAGGUGGAAGUCUUUAAGGUCGAGCCUCUUGGGCAGAGUUUAACACAUGGGAGCUGCUGUUGCUGCAUCUGCUGCCUCCUACACAUCAUGCAAGGGCCAGCUUUUGUCUUCUGGCAUCUAGAGCUACAAUCAAUCAGGAGGACUCCGUGGGCCUCAGAACGCUCGGGUCUGGAAAGCAAGCAAGCUCACUCCAGAGCAGAUGGGGAGCCCAUUGCCCACAGCUGACAGAUUGACUCGGAUUUUUUUUUUUUUUUUUGUGAGACUGAAAUGUUCACUGAAGACACUUGAGAAAGAAUCCUCUAAAGAUCCAGGCGCUACACAUGAUUCAUCUCCUGGAAUUUCCAUGUGAAUCACAGCCCUGCACCGGAUGGAGUUUUCUUUUGUGUGUGUGUGUUUUUAUUUGGUUGAACCUUUGCUGCUAAUGGGACUUACCAGCUGAGCGCUGGUUCUUAGGAAGCCCAGGUUCCUUUGUUAAUUUAAAUGAAAAAGGGAGAGGAGGGAGGGGAAAACCCCCUCAUUUUGGGUCCCAGACUUGAGCUCCAGCAGCUUUGCUGGAGAGGGGACUACUGACCAGCUGACUGGAAGAGGACUUGGCUUUCCUUCAGUGUGCGCUGUGCUGUAAAUUCCUCUCCUCCCUUUUCCUAUGAGGUUUUGAGUUGGCUGCUGGUUAGCAAACUCCUUUUUAUCCAUAUAAGUUAUUUAAUAUAAUAAUGAAGCUCAACACUGUGGUAGGAAAAUAGCCACUGGGGGGAAAAAAAGCAGAGUUUGUGGUUGUCGAUCUCCUUCCCUUUCUAGGAGGACUUUUUCUGUUUGCUUUGCCCUUCUGAGCUGUUUACAACUGACCACCGUGUUUUACAGAUGUAUCUGUCAGGAUGUUUUUUGUUAUUAGGUUUUCCAUAGCACCUGAUUUUUUUUCUUGUAAAUUUAAAUACUCUGACUUUAAGGGUAUAGUCACAGUUUUUUUUUUUUAAACAGACUUAUCUUACAUACUUUUUGGAGUCAGUUGGUGGCUAAAUAUGGAAACAAAGAAUAAAUUGGAAAAGUUGCCUCCUCCCCAUAGCAGUGAACAAAACAGUGCAAAACCCAUUGCUGUUAACUCAGUGACUGAUCUAAUCGUGAAGUAGUUCACCUAUGUUAAACAUCUAAAUAGGUCUGUAGUGCUCUGCAAACAGCUGUCGUGCGUAUGUACUCUAGGAGAAACUGUAGAGUAGUAAUCUGUGCUGAUGAAAAAGCAAAACACCAUGUUCAAAACAGAUGUAUUUGCCAACUUCAUGACAUGGUACUAUGAGAAACAGAGCAUGUAUGUGAGCUGCGUGUCAUCCCAGCAGCCUACACCAGCUCCAUUUGCCCCUUUCCUGCCAUCAAUAUAUUUUAUACUCUGCG